AUGUUUGAUGCUCAAAUAUUGGAAUUAACACCAAAGCUUCAAGAAACUGAAAUUGAAAUAAAUGAAUUCAGGCAAAAGAAAACUGAGGCUGAAAUGGCAACCAUUAAUAAUUUAAGUGAAGCUCAAAAACAAUCUGAACAAUUAGAUUGUGAA